AUGGCUCCACCAUUGAAGACUGGUAGUCGCAAUAUCUCCUAUACAUUCCCGAAUCCGAAUCUGGAUUCUCUUGGGUGUUUAGCGAAGAAGAUCACGCCAGAUGAGUCGACCAAUUUCCGAGACAAAUAUGGGUACAUUCUGAGCCUUCUCAAGAUGCCGUUCACCAAGUACGAGCAAGAGGGAGUUCAUACCUUGCUUCAGUUCUACAAUCCUUCUCUGCGUUGCUUCACGUUCCCUGACUAUCUCUUGGUUCCCACUUUGGAGGAGUAUUCUCUUUUCCUCGGUAUUCCGGUCAAAAAAGAAGAGGUCCCGUACUAUAGCACCAUGGAAGCCCCUACGUCCAUUGAAAUUUCUAAGGCUCUUUAUUUGAGCAAGUCAGUCGUGGAAGCAAAUCUCACCAAGAAAGGAGGAUACUUUGGUUUUCGUAUGGAGUUUCUGGUUAAAAGGGGUUGCGAUGCUGCUGAGGCAAAAGAAUGGGACACAUUUAGGGCUAUCCUGGCUCUAAGUAUCUAUGGCAUCAUGAUGUUCUCGAACGUGCCCGACUUUGUUGAUAUGAAUGCCAUUCACGUAUUCAUUCUGCAGAAUCCGGUUCCUACACUUUUGGGAGACGUUUAUCACUCCAUCCAUCACAAGAAUAGUCAGAAGGGAGGUCUGGUUAAAUUCUGUGCCCCGUUGUUAUAUCGUUGGUUCAGGUCGCAUUUGCCUGAGCGUGGUGCUUUCAUUGAUAAUAGACACACAUCUAAGUGGGCUGAGAGGAUUAUGGGGCUGAGGGCUAAAGAUAUUGUCUGGUACAAUAGCGCUUUAGAUGACAGGGAAGUUAUUAUGAGUUGCGGAAAGUUCAAAAACGUACCUCUCAUGGGUCUUAGGGGCGGAAUCAACUAUAACCCCGUCCUAGCUAGAAGAACAUUUGGAUAUGCUUUUAUCAGUCCACCUGAGCAAAAAGAGAUAGCUGAGAACAUUUUCUAUCAUGUGGCCACCAACAUUGGGCAGAUGGCAGAAACUGUGCAAGCCUGGAGAAGUAUUUGGUGGAGAGAUAAGAAGCAUUUUGGUCAGAGAGACUGUGCAACUUAUAAAGACUAUACUGAGUGGGUCAAGACUGUGGCUAACACCCAAGGGAUGCCUUUCCCUCCUAAGGAUCCCUUAUAUCUUCCUGCUGGUGAACAACCCAACAUUGUCUCCAUGCCUCGUUAUAAUCGAACUGUUGAACAUAAUCGAAAAUUGACUGAACAAAUGGAAACAAUGCAAGUUGAGAUGAAUACUGCUAGAGGAAGUACUUCUCAGAAAAGGCCAAGAGUGACUAUAGACCCUAAAACUACUAAAUCUCAAGAGAAGAAGCUGAAGGAACAUUAUGAGGCCCAGUUGGCAGAUUUGACUGAAAGACUCCAGAUUCAGACUAAAGAAGCCAAUUCAGAAAGGGCUCGUCGAAAGAAAGCAGACAAACUCUUGUUGGAACGCCAAGGGACCUUAGAAAAGUGCUAUGAAGAAAUCCGAAAGCUGAAGGGUCAAGUAGAAGAAAAAGGUCAAGGUAACACCCAAGCUCAAGAGGAAGCCAGAUGUUGGGAGUUGAAGAACCGCUACAUGGAAACUAUGCAUUUCAGAAAGGACCUAUUGAUUCAAGAGAUCAUUAAGAGGCCAACUCGUGCUGAGACUAAAAAGCUGUUUGAAGAGAUGAAGACCUGGAGUUACAAGAACAUUGGAGAUAGCCCUCUUCGUCAUUUGGACAUGGGAGAUCCUGCUUAG